AAACUCAACACCUCACACAAAGUUUUCGCUCUGCAUGUCUCAGCGGACACACGGCACUAAAGCAGAGGUGCGGUGCAUGUGAAGCAAUGCAGGUCCAGUCGGUUCCUCUCGGCUCUGUCACAAUCGGACCGCAGUCUUGGCGUGAUGGGACGGUUCGGUCCAUCCGGCGUGCGGAGCGCCUGGUGCGGCAGACUCGAGCCGGGCGCUCCGGGACUUGCAGCCAGGCUCGGAGCUACAGCGCCGCCGCCGGUUUCACCCCGAGGCUUACAGACACAGAAACAGCGGAAACAACCGAAGAUAAGACGGCGGGGGAGGAAUCCGGAGAGAGUCGUGACUGCAUCUGCGUGAAGAUGUCGAGACCCCACACUUCAGGAGCAAUGUUCCCUAGUGGUUCCCAGAGGACAUCUGUGGCCCCGUUCCCACCUACCAGCUUGCGUGAGCAGUGUGCGGGGGCCAGCAUCGCCGUGGCUGGUGAGUACAUGCGGAGGGUUCGGGAGGUGGAGGGCCAGCUGCGCAGGCAGGCCGGCAGGGUGAGCCAGGAGGGCAUCAAGCUGGAGAGGGAGAGGGGUCACCUGGAGAAGAUGCUGCGCAGCCUGAGGACGGAUCUGACCGUGAACAGGAGGAGCUCAGAGGGGAGGACGAGGAGGCCGCCCACUGCUGAGACGGAGAGGGACGGUGCUGAUUACUUGUUGUUGUGUGAGAGAAGAGAGCUGGCCCAGCUGAAACAGGAUCUGGAGGGAGCACUGAGAAACACUCUGACCCAGCUACAGGCCCUGGGUGAGAGCAGCAGGCAGCUGCUGGACUGUGCCGGUGAGCGGGCUUGUGUGCUGGAGCUGCUGCCUCACUCUGCUGGAGGACACCGCAGCUCUGCUCAGACCUUCAGCAAAGCAGACCCCGUCAGCCCGUUUACACCAGAGUGCAAACAGGUUUUAGAGUCGUCCGCUUUGACGGUCAACCAGUCGAAACAACUGAGGGAAGACGUCAGACAGAUGUUGACCAGUGCCAUCACCAGGCAGAAAGCUAUUCAUAACACGGUCAAUGAUGGCCUGGUGAAGAAAAUGGCAGAGACAAUCAGCCUGCAGCAAAACCUGACUCUGAUGUCUGGAGCCACGAGGCAGGCCAUGUUUCGCAAGCAGAGGGAAAUCAACUGUAUUCGUCACAGCCACGGCCGAGCGCAGGGUCCAGAGUACAGCGGUGACAUACUGUCCAGAGAGAAACUCAACAGGCCUCUGGUGCAGGUUUAUCAGAGACAUCCAGGGACGCAGUUACCUGAAGCUGCUCAGCUCAUACAGGGCAGUGCAGUGCUGAGGCGAUGUCUGAUGUCCUCUGAGCGGGAGCUGGCGAGGCUGCAGCACGCCUGUCUGCAGCUGCUGGACGACCAGCACGGCAAGAGAGCGGCAGCUCAGGUGGACGCAGCCGUCGUCCGCAUGAGGCGUCAGCAGGUCGACAAGCGAGCCAUGCCUUCUUUCCUCCAGCAGGAGGCGUGCAGAAGCCAACUCCCCCUGUCUUGUGUUCAGUAGAGCUGCAACAAAGCCUGCAAGUAGAAAGAGAGAUGAUGGUGUUUUAGUGUGUUGGUUCAAGGUUAGUAAAAUUGGAUAAAAGCUACAUUAUGUGGCCAGAAGUCUAUGGACAGCCUUGUUACAUACUCUUGUGUACUUUUGGUGGUUUGGGCGAGGCCCAGUUAAACCCUUUAGGUUCGGUUCAAGAGAAUUUUAAU